AUGGAACAGAACGUACCUGUCAUGACCAAAAGAGUAUGGAGCAUUGUAAAAGCAGUUCUCUUCAUGAUGAGGAAAGGUCUUUUAUCUAAGAGGAAGCUCAUGGUUGAUCUUAACGUGAUGCUCAAACGCGGCAAAAUCGCCGGUGCCAAAGCCAUUGGCAACCUCAUGUUCCACCACCACAGCAACCGCCAGGUUUCAUCAUCCUCCACGGCGGAGGCGACUGCAACGGCAGUCCAGGAGUACGAGUUCAGCUGCAGCAACACCCCCAACUACAUCUUCCCUUUCAACCUCGCCGCCAAGAAGAAAAACAGCUACUACCACCAUUUCUUCGCCUGCACCCACGCGCCUCCUACUCUCGACGACGACAACGUGGCCACCAUGAACGCCCUUAAGGUUGCCUUGGAGAUGAUCAACAAGAACGACGGCAACAACAGCGUGGUUGCUGCUUCCCCCAUGUUACCAGGGUUCGGACAAACCCCAUUGGCGAGGCAACUCAGAAUAACGGACUCACCGUUUCCUUUGAGGGAUAUGGACGAAGACGCUGACUACGUCGACAAGGCUGCUGAGGAUUUCAUUAACAGGUUUUACAAGGAUUUAAAGCAACAAACUAAGUAA